CACAUUCGCGCUCAGUCUUCUUGUACAUACGAUAGAGUACGGUUCUCGCAGCGGCGACUCUUCUCGCCGAACUUUCACCUCCCGCCGCGAUUUGCUUAUCUGUGAUAAAUAAACUAACAUUGAGUGAAAUUGAAUGUGCGCGUUCUUGGAAAGCGUUUCUGUUACGGCACGCGGACGGGCGACCGCCAGCGGCUUUGAUUUCUGCAAAUUAAUUUCUCCAGUGCACUCGGUUUCUACGAAACUGUUUAUAAAGAGUUUACCGAGAAGCGAAACGGCUAUAAAGUGGAUUUGAGGAAAUAUAAGUAAUUAUAAGUGAGCUUGUGUGUUUCUGUGCUCUGUGGAUAAUAAGGCGUUUACAUUGGAUCCCAAACACCCUAUUAGACCUCCGAUGGUGGUUAAACUACCAGAUUCAUGUGUCAAUGUGCAUGUGCCAUACAAUGGCUGGCCAACCGCAGUGGGCAACUGUCCCAACUGCAGGAACGAGUUACGGGUGACCCUCGCACCCAUCCCUGUGAUCCCCGUGAUCCCUGUGAAGCGACCGCUCCACGGGCCACAUUCACCUGUCAUCUCAUCACGUGACCGCUUCGAGCCUACAUACUUGCCCAACUUACAAAUCUACAACCAGCACUCUGCAAAACUGCUGCCUACCACCUGCAAUAAUGAACUACAGAGGCUAGCCGACACCCUGAAUGCGCUGAGGCUGUCUGGAUGGUACUAUGGAAAUUUAGACCUACAGGGUGCAAUCAACCUGCUCAAGGAUGCCAGCGUAGGCGCGUUCCUGAUCAGGGAUUCUGGAGACAGGAAUUUCAUCUUCUCACUGUCCGUGCAAACCGACCGGGGGCCCACUUCGGUGCGCCUCCAUUACGAACAUAGCUUCUUUAGGUUAGAUUGCGACAGGCCGUUAGUAAAAUACAUGCCAAAAUUUCAUUGCGUCGUGGAUCUGGUGCAGUACUACACCCGCUUAGGCGAGCGAGGAGCAGCGGGCACCGUGUGGGUCAACCGGGAGGGCUGCGAGCAUUCCCCCGUACUCCUCAGAAACCCCUUCAGGAAAUCACCGCCAAGCUUACUCCACUGCGCGCGGUUAGCAGUCCACAAAGCCUUAGAUUCGAAUCCUAGCCAACCUAAACUGUGGUGCGCGCCCAAAUAUCGUCUCCUACCUCUCCCUGCAACCCUCAUAGAAUAUCUCGGCAAAUAUCCCUAUUCAAUCUAACCUUAGUUAUUUAUUUAGUCAAAUCGCAUCAACGAUGCGCAAGAUAUUAGUUUGUGGAAGUGCGCGCGCGCGGAAUGCUACGAACGUGUAUGCAAAUGCGUAUUAAGUUAGCAUUGACAUCUAUUGCGACGCCGCACGGUUGAAUGUGGCGCGUGAUCUUGAUACGCGCAUUAUCAUAAUAUUGUAUUCAGUUUGUACAAAUGCAUUGUAUUUAAAUAUGUAGAACAGGAUGCUAGAAAAAGGGUCAGGUUCUUUAGCUACUAACGUUAAUUUGAAUAAAAAAUUAAAAUUAAAGAAACUGUAUUAUUCAUAAGUAUUUAAUAUGGGACUCAACUAUGGUAUUUAGUGGAAUGUUAAAGCAAAUUUUAUUUUGUUUAUAAGUUGAUUCUGUUUGUAUAUAGAGAUGAUUCGUGAAAACAACACAAAGACUGAUGAUUGUCUAAUUGUAAUACUGAAUGAACGCCCGAAGUCUGCCUAAGGUUGCUUAUAGUAAUUAAUAUUCAGGGUAAGUUUUUAUUUUAUCAUAAAAAACGAAAUAAAGGCUGCCUGUCCAUUGACGCGCGAGACAGGAUUGCGAAGCGGAGAUUUUUUUGCAAUUCUGUUAAAAAAAGGAAAUAUUGAGCAUAUUUCCUCGCUUCAUCUCUCCGCUUUAAGGCUCUGCUAACCAAAUAUUGUGACUUUUUAGAGGGAUAUUCUGCAUCAAGUACAGGCUUGGUGACUCUGAAAUUCAGACACAUGACAUUUCAAAUUAAAAAUUUUAUUUAAAUAUCUGAGUUAUUUCGUUUUAAUUAAAAACUAAUCAGUUUAUAUGGUGAAAUAUGAUUUGAGAAAAAAAUUGUUCAUAUUUUGCCGUGAUGUAGAGAUAAAAAUGUUACCCUGAGUAAAAAUUUAAGCGGCUUUAUGAAGCAAGAGGGCUCCACUAUUGAUUUUAUAGGAAAUUGUUCACUAAUGCCAAUUCUUGUCCAUUGUCUUAAGAAAUCAUCACAUUAUAUUAUAGAUCUAUAUUUCUAUUAAUUUAUUUUCGUCUUAGGUUUAGGUUACAUAUCCCAGGCAUGUCUGAGUUUGGUGAUUCAUUGUACUAUGGAAUCAAAUCAACUGAUACAUGUCGUCAUUUUGUUCACCAUCAACACUAAUAUUGGGAUAUACAUUAGUAUAAGUAAAUAAACAAGCAGUUUAAGAAUCGGUGUUCAACGAAACGCAUUUGGUAUUAUUAGAUUUGGUGUGCAGCGAAAUUAUAUUUUAUACAAAGUCUAUGAAAUCUUUAAAAUCCAAUUCGGUUUCUAAAGGUUUCAUUAACUUGCGUUUAUACAUCAGUUUACUAAAAUUCUAUCCGAAGUUAUGAUUGGCAUUUUGUGAAAAUGCCUUUUUUUAAUACUAAAUCAUCUCCGUAUCGAUGAAAACCGCAUCUUGCAAAUGCUUACUUCAUCUUGUUCCUAUUUUUCUUUAAGACUAGUUUCUCCUGUCCCAGACACCACUGUUUUAGUUUUAAAUUGUAAGUGCCAUCAAAACGAAAAGCCGCUAACAUUAUCCAAUGGAAGUAUUUUUGAGGCUGAACAUAGUUCUUGUUUUCUAUUUAUUUCCUUAAUUAUAGUGAAAGCAGUGUGAGGAUAUCAUUACCAUUUAGAGCGAAUCUAUAUUAUUACAAAAUAUCACAAUGUAUAUGAAUUUAAUAAAAUACUAUUUGUAUCGUUCGAAUUGUAUUCUUAUGGAUUAUAAUCGAACGGAUCGGAUUCGUUCGGAAUGCUAAAAAAAUGGUGUACAAACUGCUGUUAGUUAAGUUGCCGCAAUCAUUUGAUGGUUGUCGGUUAUGUACAGAAGUAGAACGCAGGCUAGUGACAAUCACUAAUUUAGGUUUAAUUGUGUACCUUACAUAAUCUCAGUUAGGAUCCACCAUAUGUAUCUAACUAAGUAUUUAAAUUAAUUUUAAGUAGAUCCAUAUUGUACAUAAAUAGGCAUUAAUUAAAGUUGCAACUCUAACACUAAUCACUACCCGCAUUUUUUUUUCUGAAGAACUAUUUCUAUUAUAAAAGCAACGUUUUAGUUGUGGUUAUAAAAGUUGAAAGUACUCAAGAGGAAAUAAAAUGCGAGGUUGUUAGUUUAAGAGCUACAAUACUAAAAUUUCUGAUGUUACACCCGACUUCAAGACAAUCACACACUAUGAGUAAUGUUGCGAUGGUUGGGGUAACAAUUUAGAGGUAAGCAACACUGGGCUCCGUUACUAAACUCAUUAUACGAAAGUUUUAUUGUCAGCCCUCGAAAAGGGUUUUUAAUGGUAUUAACACCGCAAGUCGCGUGCUAGCCUCCUAAAUGGAUACUGUUAUUUAUAUUUUGAAACAAGAUUAUUUUUAUACCGUUUUAUAAGGGGAGGGCACCAACUAAAUAAGUGUGACAUAAUAGAAAAACUUGUGUGUAAUGUUUGUAGAAUAAUGUAUCGAAAGAACUGCAAAUAAUUUAUAUACUUACAGAAUACAAAAUAUACAUUCUGUCUUAAA